UCUGGAACAAGAAAAACCUAAACAGAUGAAGAUAUGAAUACAAAAGAUUUUACGAUCAUGAUGCAGUAACAAGUUUGCGGCUGUCUUGUUAAAUAUUUGAAGUUCUUAGUUUUGCAAUAUUAAGAACAAAUAAAAAUUUCCACAAAUUUUAGCAUAUACUCGAAAUACGGGUUUUUUGUCAAGCUACAUACAUAUAUAUACGCGCGCGCGCGCGUAUAUAUACAUCUGAAUCAUACUUUUAUCAUUCUCUUUGUUGUAUUUUUGCACUCGAUUGCUUAUAUAUGUAUAUAUAUAUAUAUAUAUCGAUAAUGUUCUAAAAAUAAGGAUUCUAACAUAACUUCAGUAUAAUAAUAAAUACGGCGAUUGAAACAUUUGUAAGAUCUACGAAAAUGCGAAUUUUUAAACAGACAUUUUACUUUAUCUUAACAGAAUACUAGGUAUUGCAUUGGAAUAACAAAUUGAAAGUCAUUUUACACGCGACACAAUCGUGUCCGAUCACCUUUGAAGUCAAUCCUAACCUAAUUCCUUUCACUAACGUGUAGUAACAGCCUAAGGAUAUCCAAAGGGACCACUAGGGUCACCACAGUGAUGCCAGUGACGCCAACAAUCCGAAGUUGGCUAUCGGGACAGCAAGAAGAGAAAGAAAGGCCGCGCGAGAAAACGGAUUAGACGUUUUGAAGGAAGCCACGAGAAAAGACUGUAACGCGCGAGAUGAAGGUGGAAUGACCCCGACAUUAUGGGCAGCCUUCGAAGGCCACAUAGAUGCUCUGAAACUGCUGGUUGCUAAAGGAGGAGAUCCGGACAAGACCGAUUAUUUCGGCAACACAUGCUUGCACCUGGCAGCAGCAAGAGGUCACGAAUUUUGCGUAAAAUUCCUUGUGAAGUUUGGCUGCAAUAUUUGGUCACUGGACAUUGAUCGACAUUCUGCCCGAGAGCUCGCAGCCAUAAACGGUUGCGAGAAAAUCCUGCAGUUUUUAGAUCUCGUUCAAACCGAUCAAGAGCUGAACAAUCGCAAGAAGAGCCGAUUACUCCGAGAAAAAGCAGAAAAGGAUGCGGAGAAGAGAUUAAAGGAUUACUUAAAGAAGCAAAAGAUGGCUGAAGUCAGAGCGGAAAAAGAACAAAAGAAAUUCAUAAAGGAUCGCACAAAGUCAAGCUUGGACACGAUGAAUAAAUUGAACUCUCAACGAUCCGGAAUACUGACUUUUAAAAGUCGAAUGAAACCUUUACCGACAUUCAGCGAUAUCGUCGGCACUACCACGAAAACUGUGCAUGGCAGUACAGUUUGUCGGAAAGCUUUGGCAAAAAAGACCGUCAAUAAUUUCAAGGUUGUAGAGGUUGAGAUGAAUGGAGAGAAAUUCUUUCGAAGUUUGGCUGGUGUCCGACGGGAUUCUGAAAUUAUGUACAUGGGCACGUAUGACACUCAUUCUCAGCAUAUAGGCAGAAGAAGAAAGAUCUCCGACGUGUGGGGCACUUUGAGCAAGUCGCAGAGCACGCCCGAUCUCUUAGCAGAAAGAAUUUAUGACGAGGAACAAGAGGAUAAAGAAGAGAAAGAUUUGAAUGUUGCAAGAGACACUGUGUUCUUUCAGAAAUCAGCCAGUAUCUUCAACCGGCCGGGUUUCGGUUCCGUGGCUUUCAGAAGAACGAUAACAUCCACAUUGGACAACUUGCCGGUCACGGACACCCAAGUGCAAAGCUGUAAUAUUUCUGCCAAAAAUUCCACAAACGGCUCCGUGAAUAGUAACAAAUUCAGCCCAAACGGUCACAACGAGGAGAUUAGUAUAGGAAGUGCCGGCAGUUUAGCGCGCAGGCAAAGCUUGUGGGAUGAAGAUUUACUUUCGGAAGGCGACGAGACGGACGAAGAAUGGACACCCUUGCAAAGAUUCUUAGUCGCUAAUAACCUCAUCUCUGUGCAAUCCGUCCUAGAGUCCGAGCAAAUCGAUCUGGAGGCUCUGAUGUUGCUUACCGAAACUGACAUAGCAGCUCUCAAGCUUCCGCUCGGUCCCAGACGGAAACUUAUUAAUGCGAUCGCAAAUCGAAAGAAAGCACUGAGCACGCCGGAAAGCGUCAUAAAAGACAGCAAAUUGUGAAAAUGACAUAUAUCGUAUUAGUGAUAGAAAAGUGUAAUAUCUAUUACUGUCGAAAUUAUCCGUCAAAAACAAACAUGACAAUCUCUUACUUCCUAUUAAACAUGACAAUAUUAUGUAAUUUUACUCAUAAAUAUACAGGUAUGUGCGAAUGUGCGCGUCGUGUGUGAAGAGAAAAAAAUAUGAAUACCAAAAACAGCUAAGUAAGAUAGUUUCUGCCAUAACAAAAGAAACAAAAGAAUUCUAAUAUAAAACUACGCGCUAUAAAAUUUAGAGGGAGAGUCGCCAACUCAGAGAUGACCGACAUUUUAUAAAAUCUAGACCAACAAAAUGACAAUUUUGCAGUUGAUAUUAACCCUAUUAUAGUUGAGCUAAUGAUGCGCUGCAUUACUUAAUGAAAUGGUUACUGCAUCUUCCAAAGUUAAAUGAUGAUUACGACUAUUUAUGAUUAAGAAUAUACAUUUAUAGUCACUUCCUAAUUUCUGCACUGACCACGUUCUAAUAUAUUAUAACCUUGCUGUCGAGUCCAGUCAUAGACGUAGAAUAUAUAGACUGCACGUUUGGCUGAAAAGAUGUCUUUACGGUUGACAGAGGCAACAUACUUUGAACUGUAACUCUCUGUCUAUCAAUGUCUGUGAGGGCUUACUGUUUCAUACCGCUUAACCUGCCAUCACUCCUUAAUCUCUUUCAUUUUUCUUCAUCCUCACUAUUUUUCCACUACUAUUCUAUUCAUUCCACAUAUCUAUCCAUAUUCUAUUCUACUAAUCUUUCAAUCAACGAAGACUUCUUUUUCCUCCACUACUUUGCUAGUUAAAGAUGAGGCUACAGUUCACCAGCUGUCUCUCUCAACAUUGAAGACAUUUUCUUAACAUGGCAAAGGUAGGGAACGCGCAAUCUAUAUAUUCUACGUCUUUGGGUUCAGUGGGCUUAAGAUUGCCAUCAAGCGUCCGGGAAAAAAGAAAACGGAUAACUACCCUACCUCAAGGUAACGCGGGAGAAAUAAAGCAAAAUAUUUAGAAGAUUCUCUAAAACACCGGACGGUCAUAAUCACCGCGGACGUCUUGAGAAAAUCGCGGUCCGGACGUCUCCGACACUCUACAAAAAAAAGAUAGUAUCCGGGGAAAAGAGGAAUGGCAACGUUAAGUGGGCCGCUUUUUCCUCUAUUCAAUCAGAAGUGACCUGUGACGUCACGAGUUGGCGACUCUCCUUGGAGGCUGUCUAAUCAAAUCUAAUCCUAAUGAUAUAUUCAAUACAAGAAUAUUAAAGAGAAAGGAGAAACGCGUGAUGUUAUCUUCGUAAUGUACUUAUUUACAUAAUUCCUAAACUCUCAUAUACUUAUUUUAAUUAUAUAAUAAAAUUUUAUAUAUAAGAGAUACAUAUAAUUUUUCUUAUUACAUCUAAUAUAUUAAUUAUAUUAAAUCGUUUACAAAAGAUGUACAAAGUAGAAUACCAUGAGUGCGUGAAUGCGCACAUAUACACAUAAUUAUAAACGGUUUCUGUUUACACAGAAUCACUAAAAAAUAUUUUUUAAUGUCUUGAGACAAAUAAACAGAGUAAGACAAAAGAA